AUGGAUAGCAAUAAAAACAAGGAGUGCUGUUACAGCAACGGUGGCGGUGGGCUUACCGUAGUCAUUGGUACGGACGGUAUCGCCAAGGCGGUGUCUGCUGCAAAGUACCAGAAUCAGUUCAACAACAACAACCUUAUCGAGCAGGAAAACCUGAUGCCACCGGUGCAUGAUCGAGUGUCCGGCAUGGUGCAGGACGACAGCUCACCCUCAACGUUGCCCCAGCAGAAUGGCGUACCGUCGAAUGACUCGCCGGUGAAAGAUAAAGUUCUUGCGGAAAAUGGCUCUUCCCGUCACUUCGCGUCCGUUUUUAAUCAAUCAUCCUCAUCCGUUCUUGCUGGCAGUGAAAUUCCAUCGGAACGAUUGCUUCCGAAUCUGCAAUCAUCCGUGGAAUUUUUUAUUACGGGCACUAACAACGUCACUAGUUUUAAUCCUACCACAAACGGAACAGGCGCGGACCAUCUCCGAACUCCUGGACAGGGGAGCAACGGUUACGUUCAACCCACCGUAGAUCCUGCGUCCAAUGGUACGGUAGUUCCUCCAGACAAUGAAUCAUGUCAAGUAGAUGUGGAAGUCCCUAAAUUCAAUGUCCACGAAGACUCUUGUCCACCGGAUGAAGGUGAUUUUUCGGACAACAAUUCGCUCGGCAACUUGUCGUACGUGAGUGAGAAUGGUUUAAUUGAGGAAAUCAUUCUACUCCCGAAUAAUGCUUACUCCGAUGAUGAUAAUGCUUCCACGUCGGAUGACUGCAUCUAUGCGUACCGUGGUGGAGAACCGGACGGUGCUGCUGGGCAGCUGUUAGACUUGCAGGGUGAUUUGCCACCGGACGACGAAACGGAUUUCCUCGAGAUGGAUUUCGAUCCGGAACCAAGCUCCGAGAUGGAAAAUUUUAACAGGCAGUCGGAUUUUAUGCUCGGUUUGGACGAUGAUAAGUUUGCUGGCGUGCCGAGGCCAUCAGACGGACAGGAUAAUGCUGGGAAUGGAACGCGAUUAUCACCCAUCGUUGCACGGUCCCCUACGACGCCGCAACAUAAUUUAAUACACCAUGAAUCGGGUCCUUUUCCGAUGGAAAACGAAGCAACAUCACAGAAAGGAAAUGACACGGGUUUACAUCGUGUACCGGAAUCAAACGAUGCACGAUCACUACUAUCAGCUGCGGUACAAACACAUUCUUCGCUGGCGGAUGAGUCCAUAGCGACAGCUACUGCGCACGAUCAACGGGAGCUAAAUGUUAACGUCGGGGAACGAAACAACAGUCUCGUACCAAGCGUGAACCGACUAGAAGCGCAAAAAACGGGUGCCAUUCCAAAAAAUGUUCCAAUUCUGAUGGAACGUUCUACGCCGACGGAACGAGAAGGUUUGCCCAGCACAAAGAACCUUCGACUAGAGCUUAGCCUACAACCAGACGAGCCGGGUUUGGUCGAGACAUCGCAUCACUACCAACAAUGUUCUCAAUUUUAUUACAAAUCUGCAGAGUUUGGUGCUAGCAAACGCUCGAAGGGAGUAUUGGCAGAGUCGGGAGACGAAGAAACGCACUGUUUGGACUGUGCAGAACAAGAGUUCCUGAUGCGGACGAAGCAAGAUCCCACCAGACAGAGGUUUUGUAACGUUUGUAAUGCAGCGAAACAGGAAGUUAAAGGACGAUCGUUGACAAACGGUGCUGUGCGUUCUUAUGCACGAGAUAAUACAGGGCGUGCCGAAACGCAAGGCUUCUUCUCGCAAGGAUCAGACCGGGAACUACCGCAAGAAGACGAUCAUACGACGGUGGAUGAGCUGUUGGAUCUUCGUGCGGAACAGAUCGUCUAUGAUACGUUGCAUAAAAUCAACACGUUAAAGGAAAUGCCACCCAUGGGUGGACUGGCGCGAGUUAAUCGUUAUCAAAACACAGGCAGCGUACCGAACGUGCCAGAACAGCACGUAGCAACCAAAACAAACAAUUGCUGGUAUGAUCAACAAGUUCCGCGUGUCCGUGCUAAAAAGACGCAAGAUGAGGAGCAGAGCGUAACGAUAUACACGUUUAACUGCAGUCUAUUGACAAUAAUGGAAUCAUUGACAUGUUUUGGCCUUACACCGAAUCAGGAAGUGCUUCGGCAGUACUUUUACGACCAGUACGAAGUCGACACGUCCAAGAUGACCAUACCGCAGUAUCUGCUUCACAUGUCCAAGCGCGAUUGCAACUACAAGAAACUGAUCGACGCCAUCAAAUCAAGCUGUGAUGAUGAACUGUUGGAUAUACAAUACUAUCCGCUUCAUCCUUACUCGGACAUGCCAGAAACAGUGGAAAUUUGUUCCAGUGAGAUUGCAAAACGAUGGACCGCUAACACUAAUUUGCGACAAAUUAUUCACUUUAAGCACAAACACUUUCACACGCUGAAUGUUCUUGGUAAAAUUGUGAACAUUCUUCGGCAGCCUUCACGUGGUCGGCACACCAGCCACAUGAUCAGUAUACCACAGUACUACAAGAGCGGAAUUGUCAAGAUCCGGCGGAUAGGCGUAUGGUGAGCGGAUUUGUCGCAAAAACCCACUAGAGCUAGUCAGCAGUAGCUGCAGGGAUUAAAACAAACGCUCAUCCCCACUAGGUCAAUAAGCCAGUGAUUUUUUGUUAAGGAACACACACCCGGUCCCCUGUUAUUCACAUUUGCCCUGAAGGCACCUGCAGAGAGGACGACGGCUGCCAGAUGUAUUAUUGUAUAUUGGCAGGACAGACACAUCACACAUCAGUUUAGAUUAGUUUGUAUUUGUUGUUUACGCUUACGCGCGAACGGAUGCGUGAUUUUGCUCUGCCUAUCGUCGUCGGUUCGUCGAUCGCUUGAUGCGGUUUUAAUUAGUACUGGAUUGCAGAUACGCAUAAAAGGGUACAUAUGUACAUAUUAGAUAGAAACCUAUUUAUUCUACGGUACACCCGCGCUAGCUUGCUGCAAAACACAAUGUGAAAUACCCAGCCCCAGGAAACAGUAGGACCACAAAAGUGUGAAACGUUAAUAUGCUACUUUCGUAACACGGUUCGAACUAUACUCCUGUUUCCGUACAUUAUCCACAAUUCGGAUAGGCCAUACAAUAUUUUUCUUGCUUUGCUUUUUUCACAAAGGAACACCCCACACCUUAAAGCAAAGGAAAAAAAACACUACUGUGAUGCAGUUUUACUUAUGUAGUUUUGGUUUGUUCUGUGCUUCUACUCUGCUAGGAGUUGGUUGGCAAACGAAUUCGUCUUUUGUAAAAGCUUAUUUUUAAAAUGUCGCUAGUGCAGUUAACCAAAAGAAGAAUAUAAAUUCAGUGGCCUACAAGAAUCCCAGUAAAAAUUGUCUCAUUUCCCAACAGCAAGUCCUCUGAUCAGCAAAUACUAGCAGGCAGCCAGCGGCACUACUCUACACCAAUGCUUUAAAAAGACAUGUAACACCACCCUCACGGUUAUCCAGUAUGCUAUAUUGCAAAACUUAUGCAUACCUCCUAUUAGUCAACAAUGAACCAAUAAUGGAAACGUAUUGGGCAGGAAGGGCUAGAAACAAUAUCCCGUUUUUGAUCGUAUUAUAUACAUUAUACACGCGCGCGUAUCAUUUACACGAGUAUGGCCAAAAACCAUCGAUCGUUUUGGGGGAGAAACAGCUUAGCACACACACAUAAGGCCGCAUCCAUUGUACACGCGUCAGGGUGAUCCCUUUCUAGUUUUCAAACUGUGAGACCCUGGUGUGAUCAUGUGAAGAUCAUUC